UAGUGCACGGCACGUGUGUUUACUAACUGUACAGCGCUACAGGAGUGUGGUUCCUGUCUGAGAGUGAAUUAAAGUCCAGGUGUGAUGUGGAAAAUCAAAUAAGGCUCUUGUCAUAAAAAUACAGUAUAUUUAGAAGAUAAAAGCGAUGGCUUCACAGGCCCGUGACGAGGAAAGCGAUGAUGGCAUGGACGAGUUUAUGGAGAAAUUUAAGACUCAUAAAUACCAAAAUGCGUUCAGUGAAAACAACUGGGAAGAGGAGUUUGAUAAAGUGCCUAUGUUCAUGAAGUCUGCUCCAGAGGACAUAGACCCAGUCAAGCACCCUGAUCUCGCCUGUCUCCAGUCCAUUAUACAUGAUGAUGACCGACCACCUGAGGAGCAAGCAAAGAGUCUAAAGGAUGAGGGCAAUGAGUACUUUAAGGAAAAGAAUUAUAAGAAAGCUAUAGUGUCCUACACAGCGGGCCUGAAAAAGAACUCUGCCGACUCGGAUCUAAACACUAUUCUUUAUACCAAUCGUGCUGCAGCCCACUUCUAUUUAGGAAAUAUGCGAUCAGCUUUGAAUGAUGCUUCCGCUGCACGGAAACUGAAACCGGGCCACAUUAAAGCCAUCAUCAGAGGAGCCCAGUGCUGUAUGGAGCUGCGUAAUUAUGCAGAUGCAUUGCAGUGGUGUGAUGAAGGCCUGAGGGUUCAGCCUACUGAUAAGAAACUGCAGGAGCUCAGAGCCUCUGCAGACAAGCAGAAGAGGGCAGCAGAGCGAGAUGCCAGAAAGGCUAAAGCUAAAGAGAAAAAGCAGCAGACUGAGAGAGGAGCCCUGUUAGCUGCCAUUAAGGAGCGUGGCAUUAGGCUUUUAAAGCCCGAGAAGACUCCUCACAAGGGCUCUGACAGUGAAGAGGAUGAUGAUGACGACGGUGAUGAAGGAUCCACAGCAGCCAUGGCAGAGUUGAGUCUGGAUGGACUGAGCUCUCAGGAAGUCACAGGAGCACAGGUGUACCUGGAUGAGCAGGGCGCCCUCCACUGGCCUGUCCUCUUCCUUUACCCUGAGCACAGACAGACCGACUUCAUCUCAGCCUUCUGUGAGAACUCCAGCUUUAUAGAUCACUUAGCAGUCAUGUUUGGAGAGGAGCUUCCUCCAUGGGACACGGAUAGAAAAUAUCAGCCACAAAAUCUCCAGCUGUUUUGCGAAGACCAUGAGAAGGGGCACCUUUAUGAAGUAGACUUGGAGACGACUCUUCUGAAGGUCCUUCAGAGUCCAGGGUGUUCUGUGAAGGCAGGAACUCCAAGCUUUAUCAUGUUGGUAAAAGGGUCGCCAUUCUGUAAACAAUUUUUAUCAGGAAAGAAAAUCCAUAAACUGAAAUGAAAGAUAAUUAAA